UAGAACAAUGAUCACCACAGAAGCAGCAGCAGAAGAAGAAAGGGUCUGUGAGGGGCGGGGCUUCGUUGGAGGCAAAAAACAACCUGAAAAUCGUUGUUUGCUAUUAAAAUCAAGAUCUUAUUAUAAACUUGAGUGCAUUUAAGUGUGAAAAGGAGAGAAAUACCAAGAAGAGCAAACAUGGAUGCAGGUGAAGACCAAAACACAGGCACCACCAAUGGGACUCCUCAGACAAACGGAAACUCUCGUGCACCCCAGAUAGCCCACAUGUCUCUGUAUGAGAGACAGGCUGUACAGGCUCUCCAAGCACUGCAAAGGCAGCCAAAUGCAGCUCAGUACUUCCAGCAGCUCAUGCUGCAGCAGCAGAUCAACAGUGCCCAACUCCACAACCUGGCCGCCGUACAACAGGCCACGCUUGCAGCUAGUCGUCAGUCCAAUGCCCCAAGUAACAACAUGUCCCAGGCGACCACUGUCAACUUAAGCACCACAUCUGCAGGAGGUACCAUGACCAAUCCCCGUCCCCACGGUCCGGCCACCACUGCAACAACAACAGCUCUCAACCAGUCAGUGCUGCUGGGUGGAAACUCUGCAGGACAGGGACAGAUGUAUCUUAGGGUCAACCGCUCUCUCAGGGCUCCCCUUGCCUCUCAGCUCAUCUUUAUGCCUGGUGGUACAGCAACAGCAACUGUAGCAACAGUUACCCAGACACAGCCCCAGCAGCAGCAGCAGCAACAGCAACAGCAACAGCAACAGCAACAUCAACAGCAUGAAGUCGCUCCUACCGCUGCAAAUGCCCAGUGUGAUAAUGAUCAGGUGCAGAAUCUGGCCCUACACUGCAUUUCCACUCCCAGAGCGGUUAGUGUCAAGUCUGAGCUUCCAGAGAGGAAAGAUGUUGCCGGCUUUCCUCUCGGCCAGCAGCAGCAGCAGACUUUUGCCCCGACAGCUCAGCAGCAGCAUGUGCAACCGCAACAGCAGCAACAAAUGGCAAAACCCAACUUCACUCAGCAGUCCGCCGCCAACACUAUGACUGUAAAGACGGGUACUCCUGCUGCUUCUGUAGCUCCUUCCUCCACCUCCUCUCAAGCACUCCCUCUCUCCCAGCUCCUCCUGUCCUCCUCUUCUGCCCCCGUGAUCCUGGUGCCCACCUCGAGCGUUACAACCACCACCCAGGGCUACUCCAUUGGCUCAGUGACCACAAAAGCCAACGUUAACACGCAGACUCUGGUGGUGCAGCCCCUGCAACAGGCCAGCACUACUGCAGAAAAAGGACCUGUGCCAAUCCAGCCCAAGAUGGCUCAGGGACACCGCUUACCUGUGCAGCUGCCUCCUCGACACCCACCUCACAUUCUCCCAGCGCCACCUAGCAACAGCCAGCACAACAAUCCCCACAUCCCAGUGCAGCUUGUUGGAGCCAGGCAGGGCUUAGCGGGAAACGCACAGGCUUUGGCCCUGGCACAGGCACGAAGCAGCACGGCCCAGGAAGGUACAGCUGGUGGGAAUGUUAACAUGGUCUGCAGCAACAGUGCUAUGAUAAAGCCUGCCAUUGGUUCUCUGAAGAGAAAAUCUGACUGUGAUGCCCCAAAUGAGAUGGCGACAGAAUUGUCAGACUCCACACCCAUGAAAGAUUCUGCUCCUCCCUUAUCCCCUGCCCCUACAAAGGACUUAGCUCUUCCUGUUGCUGCUGCAUUCUCAUCUCCUCCCACCCUGUCCUUGCCUCUGCCGUUGUCAAGAGUCGGGCAUGGGGACAAAGACAGAGCGCCUGUUCCCCAGGCAGUGGUCAAACCUCAAGUCCUCACCCACCUCAUAGAGGGCUUUGUCAUCCAGGAGGGAGCUGAGCCGUUCCCGGUUGCUGGACUCCUCAAAGACAGAGAUUAUGCCCUGGUUGGCCGCUCAGAGAAUGGACCUCCAUUGUUAAAGUGUGAGUACUGUGGAAGCCUCGCUCCAGCAAGCCAGUUCAGAGGAUCAAAGAGGUUCUGUUCAAAUACUUGUGCAAAGAGGUAUAACGUGAGCUGCAGCCAACAUUUCAAGACCAGCAGAGGGAGGAGUGGUGCAGGGCUGGCACCACCUCCAGCACCCACUGACAGCGCUGCUAGGCGAAGGGGCCCCUCUCGCAGGAGCAGCUCUAAUAUCACCUGUAAUAAAAUAUCAAGCAGGCAUCUACCUGUUAAGUUUCACUCUGAGUCCAGUCGCUCGGAGGACGUAUCCAGCGACGGGGAAGAAGAGGAGGACGAUUCUCUUUCACUGUCCCCGAGCUCUUCACACUCCUGCUCCAGAGCUGAGCGCAGUGCACCUCCGUCUGACAGCUCAGCUCCCGGUAGCCUCCCACUAGAGGGGGCACACUUCCUCUCAGCAACUCCUGCUCAGUGGAGCGUGGAAGAAGUCUGCAGGUUUAUCUCUUCACUUCAAGGCUGUGAAGAAUUGGCCGCCCAGUUUCUGUCACAGGAAAUAGACGGGCAGGCUCUGAUGCUCCUGCGAGAGGACCAUCUCAUCUCCACCAUGAAUAUCAAGCUGGGUCCCGCUCUCAAGAUCUGUGCCUCCAUCAACACCCUGCGUGAGUGAUGCAGCGAGUUCUUCAGAGGGACACAGGAUCGUUUUCUCAUUGAUGACUUCUCACUGGAAUCAAUACUUGGACCUGCUCCUCUUUUAGUAAGAAGUCAAAGGGACUUGGUGACAGUGAGGAUGUAUUUUUUACAAAACAAUGGUGCACCAUCCGUCAUGUGGAGACAGUUUACUUUCUGGACGUUGAAUGUGGGAUUCUAUGUAUACUGUUAUGUGUGAGUGGUGAGCAUGGACAGUCUGAAGCAUCCAUGUCAGUAGUGUUUGUCAGUUGUUUUUCUGUCUGUUUAGAAGCCUUUUGUAUGUAAACUCUAAUAAAACUGUGCCAGCCUGCAGUAACCGGUGCUAGGUCUUCUAACUAGGACAGUUCACCUGUUGGGCUAAAAAAAAGAAAAGAAACGUUGCCUUCUUGCUGUAUUUCAAACGGUGCUUUAACUUUAGUGAAAUGAUUUGGAGUGAUGUCAACAUCAGUCCACUUCAUUUAUAUAUUUCAGUCUUUUUAGUAGUUAUUGGUUUAUUUACCGUAGAUGUUCAAUCCAGGCUCCAAUCACAUCGAGUGAAGGACACUCAAAAAGCCUGGUGUUUUACUUAGUUCACUAUACCAGUUAUUAAAAGUUUAGUUUUGUAUCUUUUCCAUUUUGUACUACAAUCAAAGUUAUUUUUUCAUGGAUAUGAUAUAGUUUUAGUAGCUUUAAUCAACUUAACUACCUGAAAAUAGGUAUUCCUCUUGGUUUGCUCUCUCAAGGGCUGAGUGGAAGUGCUCUGUGUACAUGUAUGCAGUACAACCAAUAAACAAUACCUGUUACUGGA